AUGGUCACCAUGAAGGGACAAUUAUUAUCUGUCAGACCCUUAAUACCUUCGGUACAAACAGCAAGGACGUUCGCAGCACAUCGCUUCUAUCAUCGUAUAACAUCAUCUACCGGUGGGCUCUUCCCAUCAGAUUCAGUCAUACGAGCCACACGGAGACGCAUUUGGCCGAUUGGAUAUACAUCAUUUUCAAAUUCAGUGGCGACAAGAAAUGCAUCUUUUGUCAGGAUUCUUCCAAAACUACUCCUUAAAUUCGCCCGAAUACCAGCCCUAUUUGGGGGAGCUAUGAUCACUGGCCUAGCCUACGUGCAGUAUCAAGCAACCCAGGCUGGGAAUUACGCUUUGGAUAUAGUCAAUAGAACGAAAAAUUCUGUCAUAGAUGUAGCCGGCAAAGCUCUAGAUCGCGUCAAAGACGUUGCUGAUCAAACAAAAAAGGGAUGGGAAAAUACUAAAGAUCAAGCGGACAUUCCGGAGUGGAUGCAAAGAUUCUUAACUAUAAGUGAAGAAACUGGCUAUGACUAUGGAGGUGACAGGAACGAGCAGCCCCCAAAGAAGAGUAAAUUAGGAGCAAUUUCUGCAGGAGCAUCUGUGGCGACAUUAGGGUACGGUUUGAAAGAUGAAGAAGAUAAUGAGUUAAAACAAAAUGUCGGUCAAGACGACCAAAUGAUGGUCCUGACCAAGAAAAUGAUUGAAAUUAGGAGUAUCUUACAGACCGUUGGACAGUCUAAUACACUAUCUCUUCCCUCAAUCGUGGUAAUUGGGUCACAAUCAUCCGGUAAAAGUUCCGUUUUGGAAGCUUUAGUUGGGCAUGAGUUUCUUCCCAAAGGCCUAAAUAUGGUUACAAGACGACCGAUCGAACUGACCCUCGUCAAUACCCCUGAGUCUCAAACUGAAUAUGGUGAAUUUCCAGCCCUCGGACUGGGAAAGAUUACCGACUUCUCUCAUAUUCAACGAACCUUGACAGAGUUGAAUAUGGCUGUACCUAGCUCGCAGUGUGUAUCAGAUGACCCCAUUCAACUCACUAUUGCAUCACCUCACGUCCCUGAUCUCUCAUUGAUUGAUUUGCCUGGCUAUAUUCAGGUAGUUGGGGAAGAUCAGCCAUCGGAGCUAAAGCAAAAAAUCGCCGACCUUUGUGAUAAAUAUAUACAACCACCGAAUAUUAUUCUUGCCAUAUCAGCAGCUGACGUUGACUUAGCGAAUUCAACAGCCCUCCGAGCAAGUCGGCGAGUAGAUCCCAGAGGCGAACGCACAAUUGGAGUCAUUACCAAGAUGGAUCUCGUGAGCGAAACACGUGGCGCCGCAAUCUUAAAGGAUAAAAAAUACCCAUUGCGGCUUGGCUACGUUGGAAUUGUAUCCAAAAUUCCAACUCAGGCAAGCAGCUUGUUCAAAAUAGGUAAUGAAAACAUUUCGGCAGCCAUCGCUAGGAAUGAGCGCAACUUUUUCUCCGCUCAUCCCUUAGAAUUCGGGGAAAGUUCUAACGUAGCUGUUGGCACUACUACCCUGCGCAAAAAACUUAUGCAGGUUUUGGAACAAACAAUGGCUGCUAGCCUUCAAGGCACAGAGGAUCUCAUCAGACAAGAGCUUGAAGAAGCAACAUAUGAAUUCAAGGUUCAAUACAACGACCGGCCGCUUUCUGCUGAAUCAUAUCUAGCUGAAAGCUUGGACGCAUUCAAACAUUCAUUUAAGGAACUCACUGAAACUUUUGGUCGACCUCAAGUCCGAGCCCUACUAAAAGAAGAAUUGGAUCAAAAGGUGAUGGACCUUCUCGCUGCAAAGUAUUGGAACAAGCCAAUUGAAGACUUGCAACCGCCACUCCCCGAACCUGAUUCUCUAGCUGACCUUCCAAAUGCAAAUCCAGAUUCAUUGUACUGGCGCCGAAAGCUUGAUGCUUCUACUUCAGCUUUAACUAAACUUGGAAUUGGUAGAUUAGCCACAACAGUGGUAGCUAACGAAAUUCGGUCACAAGUCGAUCGACUUAUUUCACAAUCAACUUUCUCUUCGCACCCGUUUGCUCGACAAAUAAUUACAGAAGCUGCCUCUGGGAUUCUCAAUGAAAGAUUUUAUAGCACAUCAGAUCAAGUAGAAAAUUGCAUUAAACCAUUCAAGUUUGAAAUAGACGUUGAAGAUAAUGAGUGGGUGCGUGGUCGGGAAAAUAUAUCUGAAGUUAUCAAAAAAGAGUUGAAAGCUUGCGAGGAUGCCGUUAAAAACGUAGAAUCGCAUGUAGGCGGACGGAGAAAGCUGAAGGACGUCAUGAGCUUUGUAGAAAAAGCAAGGAAAGGUGAGGCUGGAAUUUUAGGCGACGCGACAAGUGGCGCAGGAGGCUUCUCUAGUGCUCUUUUGCAAAAAGGUAAAGAGGCUAUUUUCUUGCAUGAUCGUGCUACCCUUCUACGUAUGCGGCUCAACGCGCUUCGUUCUAAACAAUGCGCAUCCAAAGGCUCACGCUACCAGUGUCCAGAAAUAUUUCUUGACGUUGUGGCUACAAAAUUAACUUCAACCGCAGUACUCUUUCUGAAUGUUGAGUUGCUUUCCGAAUUCUAUUACAACUUCCCCCGUGAACUUGACGUCCGGCUCGGACGCGGUCUAGAUAAAGAGCAAGUUGAGCGGUUUGCAAACGAAGACCCUAGAGUUCGUGGCCACUUAGAGGUCAUUCGUCGAAAAGAUUUACUGGAACUAGUGCUUCAAAAAAUGGAGGGUUUAAAAGACCUCGAAGUUGAAGAAAGGGGUAAACGAGUUGCAUCUUCUAGAAGAGUAGAAAAUCGAUCUAUCCAGAAUGAUAAGGGACGCGAAAGGCCAUGGAGUCUCUUUUAA